AUGGAAUUGGAAAGGAACCCCAAAGUAUCUACGACCACGCCAACGGCGAUUCACGAUGUUUCUGCCGUGGAGAAAGAGGAAGAGCUUUCUGGCGGACAAGAGACGGUUCUUCGCGGAGAAGCUUCGGUGCGAGAGUGUCGUCUCCCACUCGGUGGAGUUCAGCUACUGCGACGACGUUACUGCAACGACGUUGAAGUGUAUGUGGAAACUGUGGUUUUGAUGCACUGCGAGGAUCUCAAGGCCAGGUUGUGCUACAUGGGCGAAGGGUUCCUAAAAUUCUGA